AAAAACUGCAAUAGAAACAUAAAUGCCUAGAAAGAAGCCAUUUAGCUCGAAGCAGAAGAAGAAACAACUACAAGAAAAAAGGCAAAGAAAACAAGCAAAUGGGCCUGCUUACUUACAAAACAGUUCCGACAGUGAGGGGUCUGGUACAGACAGCCAGGCUCAUGGAGGUAACCAAAAGGUGCACCGUGAUAAUGCAGCUGAGAAAGCAGGGUUAGAUACAGGGUUAGAUGUGCUGGAGGUUAACUCACAGCCGUACAACUAUUCCCAUGGCAAAUAUGAUCCAAACAGAUAUCGUUUGCACUUUUUCAAAGAGAGUAGAGAUGAUAUGGCCAAGAGGAAGGAGAAGGCUCGACACCCUUAUAAUCCCUUACCAGAGGAAAGUCUUGAGAUGGACUUAGAUAUUGAUGAAGAGAAUUUUAUUGAUAUUCCAAAACGUCCACCGUGGGAUUACAAACUUUCCAAGAAACAGUUAGAAAAUAAUGAAGAGAGAUAUUUCAAGAGUUAUUUAGAUGAAAUAUUCAGUAAACAUAAUGCGGAAGAACUAAGCUAUAUGGAGUUGAAUCUAGAAACAUGGCGUCAGUUGUGGAGGGUGCUUGAAAUGUCUGAUGUUUUCCUGAUUAUCACCGACAUAAGACAUCCAGCCAUGCAUUUUCCACCAGCACUAUAUGCAUAUAUCACAGAGGAGCUGAAAAAGUCAGUUAUUAUUGUUCUCAACAAAGUGGACCUAGCUCCACCCUCAUUGGUUGUUGCCUGGCAACAUUACUUUAAACAGCAUUUUCCAUUGGUCAAUGUUGUUUGCUUCUCUUCAUUUCCAAAAUCAACAGAAGAGAUGGAGCAGAUGUCUAAAAAAGUUGGAAAAGUUGUGUUCAAGAAAAGAAGACGUGGAACAUACAGAGCUCUUGGACCUCAAGAAUUACACACUGUGUGUGAGAAGCUGGUACAGGCAGAAGUUGACCUUUCAAGUUGGAAACAUAAAAUUGAAUUAGACCAAGGUGUUGAGGCAGAAGAUAGUGAUGAUGAUGAUGACAAUGCUGAAGAUGUUGAUGUUGACAAUGAUACGAAGGGUAAACAAGUUAGACCUGACCAUACAGAUAUAUAUGAAGAACAUGAGAAGUAUAAAGAUGGAGUUUUAACAAUCGGUUGUGUUGGUUUCCCAAAUGUUGGAAAGUCAUCAGUGAUAAAUGGCCUCAUGGGUAAGAAGGUGGUAAGUGUAUCACGGACACCCGGUCACACGAAGCACUUUCAAACAAUUUACCUCACAUCUACAGUCAAACUGUGUGACUGCCCUGGGCUUGUGUUCCCAUCCAAGAUAGAUAGAGAUUUACAGAUUUUAGGUGGAAUAUAUCCUAUUGCUCAAGUAAGAGAGCCAUAUUCAACUAUUAACUACCUGGCUGAAAGACUGGACUUGCCGAGAAUACUUCAGAUAAAACCUCCAGAUGAUGAUGUUGAUAUAACAACAUAUAGAUGGUCCGCCAUGGAUAUAUGUGAAGCAUGGGCUGAUAAAAGAGGGUUCCUGACAGCAAAAGCAGCAAGACUUGAUUCUUAUAGAUCUGCUAAUAAUCUUCUUAGAAUGGCUCUCGAGGGAAGGAUAUGUCUUUGCCUAUAUCCGAAAGGUUUCAUGAAAAAUAAAGAUUUCUGGGAAAAUCAUGAUCAUACAGCCGCUUUCAUAGAGUUAAAAAAACAUUACAAACAAAAAAUACAAAGCCCCUGCUAA